AUGAAGUUAUAUGUGAUUUUUAUAAUUAUUUGGGCUUUCCUAGGAACAUCUGAGAGCUCUGACUAUAGAGUCUGUGGAGACAGACCCCUAGCGGAGGAUUUCCGUGGCUCCCGCGUGGUGGGAGGAAAGGAUGCGGAGCCUGGUAACUGGCCCUGGAUAGUCAGCAUCCAGGAGUACAGGGACGAUGAGUAUUCCCACGUAUGCGGAGGUUUCGUCCUUAGUAAUUUAUGGGUUCUGACAGCUGCCCAUUGUUUCCGGGAUGUUGGCGAUGAAUAUUAUGGCUGGAGACUCGUGUUUGGGGCAAACCAACUCUCAGACAUGGGGGCACAUGUUCAGAUCAGAAUGAUAAAAGAGAAGAUCGAACAUGAGACGUACGACCCGCAUACUAAGCGUGAUGACAUCGCCUUGCUCCGGCUCAAUCAAUCCAUCAAAUUUGAUGACUACACUCAGCCUGCCUGCCUUCCUGCCAAACACGCCAUUGUGGACAAACUGGAUGACUGCUACGUCGCUGGCUGGGGUGUCCUCAAAGAAGGAUCCUCAGAAACAUCAGAUGUCCUUCAAGAAGCCCCAGUGAAUUUAAUUCCAGUUGACCGUUGCAACCGCCCAACCUGGUACAACGGAGCAGUGGGUGACUACAACCUGUGCGCUGGAUAUGAGCAGGGAGGCAUCGAUAGUUGCCAGGAACAGCUGACAGAGAACAUUUCAGAAAGAGGAAAGGUGAAAUACAAGAAGGAAAAGCAAAGACAGCGAGACCCAGUUAAAGCAUUGUAG